CUCACUGUUCUCCAGACGCCCACUUCCCCUCAUUGUCCCCGUUUCCAGACAUUCCGCGUCCCUCUAUCCUCGAUCUUCCCUUCGCUUCCCCUUUUGUUCGGCUCGCUCAAACACUAGUACUUCUACCUCUCGCACUGUCUUUUUCUCGCACUGUCAAUCAUCUCUGCGCGUCUGUUUCAUCGCAACACUCUACUAUCAUAUUCUCCUUCAAUUGACUCUACUAUUCUUUCCCUGUUGUAUGUGCAGCAUAACCCUAGCCUAAAGCUCGCCCUAUCACACGACGGCCAUGACCGGUCUGCACAUCAAUACGAAUCUCCCUCGAGAGGGCCGCUCUCGCAAGCACAAGUCGCGCUCACAUCCACGUAGCAGAUCUACUGCCUCCACAUCAUCUUCCCUAUCUCUCGACUCCCCAAUACCUUCUUCUUCGGCUGCCGCAUCCUCUUCCUCACUCAAUCUCCCCGACCCCGAUCCUCAGCUUCAGGAUAGCCGCAGAUGUCCUAGUUCGGCUGCCGUGUCCACUUCCAUCUCCCCCAUUGGCGACCAGACACGAGGCGGGCCAGAGUUUGUGCUGGCCCUCCAUGACUUUGACGCUCAGAGUCACAAUGCUACCUGCUUGACAUUUCGCGCAGGACAGGUCAUCCGCGUCCUGAACCGGGAUCCUAGCGGUUGGUGGGACGGCGAACUGCAUGGUCAGAGAGGAUGGUUUCCAAGCAAUUAUGUGACCUCUGACAAAGGUGUCGUUUCACUCACGGAGGAAGAGUUGCCCUCCAUCUCACAUACCAGACCAAAGCACUCACAUACCAUGUCGGCUAUCUCGGCCACCUCAUGGUCCACUAGUGCGCACUCGUCCACUACACACACGAAAUCGCCGUCAUCCAGAAGUGGCCAUCGACCAUUCGCCAUGGAGACUGUGGACCCUGAAACUACCACGUAUUGCCCACCGAUCAUGGUGAACUUGCUUCACAGCCUGACGCUUCUGCAAAGUGCUGUGCGGUCGAACCGAGUGGCACACUUCCAGCCCUCAACAGCAUGCAUCAUAUCAUGUAUCCGGUUCAUCCUCUCCUCCACCGAGUGUCUUCCUCGAGAUACCCCUGUUCUCAAGCGAAACCCUCGUCUGGCGCAGGAACGCAAGAAGAUUCUGUCUGACCUGGCAUCCCUCGUUUCACAGUCCAAAAAUGCUUCCGCAGAGCCUCAUGAUGAGGAUCUACACACGGAAGAGGUGGAUAUGAUGCUCAAGUUAGGUGGUCAAGUCUUUGCGCAGGUUCGCCGCUUCCUAGCAGUCGCCGUCGAUUGUGGGAUCGAUAUCCCUACUGCGCCGCUCACAUCUUCGAAUGGCGCUUCUCCAUUAUCCGGGAGUCCUAUCAACCCCUCACCUUCUUCUAAGGAACACCGUAGCCGCCAUAACUCCCACUUCGUUACUCCGCAAAGACCUCGAGCAUCCACAACGAUUGCUCCCUCCGCUUCUCGGACCAAGAGCCUGACUGACCUUCGCAGUCAUCGUGGCGCCAAUGCCCCCCAGCGAGAUUCGGGUUCAUCCAUCGCGCCUUUGCUUCCGCAUCGGACUGUCAUGGCACAUUCCAAGAACGAGCAAUACAAGUCGUACGAGCGCAUGCCGAAGCGGCAACAUGUACAGAAUAACAUGUCCAUCAGCAGCAUAUCCUCAACUUCAUCGUUCUCUUCCGCCGAUUCGUCGUCUAAAGCUGUCGUUGCAACACGUUUUCCAAGUGGCCCAUGUACAGCCGCCGACGUGGUCGAAGCGUUGCGGUAUACCCACGAUCAGUAUCUUUCCACAAUCGCUGCGUUCAUCGGACACGUCCACUCCCACUCUCGUUCUGCGCAUGCAUCAAGCACCGGUCACAUGUAUGAUCUCGUUCGAGAGAUUGUUGAAUUGGCCUGCAAGAUGCUCACGAUCGUGGAGGCCGUCAUGCGACACGCUGACAUACCUGCAAAACGGGUGGAAGAGUUGCGCAUCGCGAAGGAGGAGCUGUACAACCUCACAAGCUCGCUCGCGGAAUCGGUCCGGUUACUCACGGCGCCUUUACACCCCGAUAUCACGGAGGAGGCAGAGAAGGGAGCACUGCUCCGGUCCGCCACGGGCGCGUUGAAGGCCGGCGCUGACUGUGUCUCUACAAUUAAGCAUAGCUUGAAUCGGGCGGACAGCAGUAAGCAGUUCGUCAUACGGAUUCCGUCGUCGGCCGACUCCGAAGCCAGCGCAUACGAUCCCGAUCCUGCGGAGUUCGUGCGUAAGUCGACUGCUAUCAGGAGCGUUUCGUCUAAAGCGUCAUUAUCGCUGUCCGUGGGUCGGACGGAGGAGGGAGAAGACGCCACCGUCCAGCCCAGGGGCCUUGCAGAUUCGCAGUCCACGGUGACUACCAGCGCCUCGCUCAAUCGCUCGGACAGGUCAAGUAGCUCAACGUCGGUGGAAUCUGCUGAUACCGCUGCUACGUCACCCUUUGAGGCCAGUCAGUCAUGGCCACUGGAGGACGUUAAGGACGCUGUACAGGCAAAGCGGGUGGAUGAGCUUGCUCUGGAAUCACCUGAUAACGAGGACGAUCGUGCCUUUGAGCAUAGUUUGGUUGAAGGAAGCGUUCCUCUGUCUGAUGUUCCCCCGGUCUCGGAUACUACCUACAACAGCGAAGGACAUCUUGUCGCUGCGACUAUGGAUGCGCUUGUGGAGAGGAUGACACCAGCAGACAGCCUAGUGGACCCGGCCUUCUCUGCGGUCUUCUACAUGACUUUCCGUCUGUUCACUACUCCUCUCGGACUCGUCGAUGCGCUCAUCGACCGAUACAACAUAAUGCCCCCUCCGAGCCUGCACGGCGACGCCCUCAAGAAUUGGCGCGACACGACGGGCGUGCCCGUCCGGCUGCGCGUCUCGAACCUCGUCAAGACCUGGCUCGAGAGCUACUGGCGCGCGAGUGUCGACGACGAGGCGCUCCCGCAGCUCGAGGACUUUGCGCGGAACGCGCUCGCCAAGGUCUUCCGCGGCGGACACUCGCAGCGGAUCCUGGACCUGCUGCAGAUGCGGCGGAGCAACAUCACGAGCAUCGUGAGCCCGAAGACGGAGCGGAUCCGGGACCCGGGGAUGGCGCUGAAUCCGCCCGCGUUCCUGCCGUCGGAGGUGCCGCGGCCGAUGAUGACCAAGGCGCUGCUCGCGAACCUGCGGGCGGGCCACUUUGAGGCGGUGGCGAUCACGGAGUUUGACCCGCUCGAGCUGGCGCGGCAGUUGUCGAUUAUGGAGUGUGAGCUGUACUGCGCGAUUCAGCCCGAGGAGGUGCUCGAGACGGGCCAGGAGAGCGUGCAGGCGCCGAAUGUGAAGGCGCUGUCAUCGCUGAGCACGGGUAUUACGGGGUGGGUGGCGGAGAAUAUUCUGGACGAGCAUGAUAUGAAGAAGCGGACGAUGCUUGUGAAGUUCUUUAUCAAGGUCGCGAACCGAUGUUCGGAGUUGGCGAAUUUCAGCACUUCAAGAUCCAUCCUGGCUGCGCUCGAUCACUCGACGAUAUCGCGACUCCAUCAGACCUGGGCGGGCGUUACGCAGAAGCACAAGACUCAGCUCGAGUCUCUUCGGCGUCUUGCAGAUCAUGGCCGGAAUUUCCACCAUUAUCGCAGCAAGCUGCGGAAUACGGCGCCUCCUGCAGUGCCGUUCUUGGGUUUGUACCUCACGGAUGUCACCUUCUGCCGCGAAGGAAACCCGUCGUUCAGAGACUCGCCUCAUGGCACUGGCAGGCAACUGGUCAACUUCAACAAGUACCACAAGCUGGCUCGUAUCGUGCAAGAAAUGCAGCGGUUCCAGGUGCCGUAUACGCUCAAGAAGAUACCCGAGGUACAGGACUAUCUCAAGCUUUCGUUCGAGAAGACGAAGCAGCAUGGCGACUUUGAGGAUCUUUAUCAGAGAAGUUUGCUGGUUGAGCCGAAGCAGGGCGCUGACGUUGGCCCAGGGCAAGCGAACGACAUGCGACAAUUCUUCAACUGGGGCCGCUCUCAGCAGCCUGUCACCACUCCUUCAUGAACAUUGCUAUUUGUGUUGCACUCAUCGAUCGUUAACUUUUUUGUUUUGUUUCAUGCAGACAAUUUUAUCACCUCGUUCCUACUGUCGUUGUAUUUUUUUCUUUUUAAUUUCUUCAUUUAGCAUACAUUUACACAUCACAUUGCUAUCUUUACAACUGAUUUGUACUUCUCAUCCUACAUUAACUUAUGUCUACCUGCAGCGGGGCUGUAUGACUUCAUCGUCUGGACAUGUAAUUAGAUAGCUGGUCUAUUAUGCUACAUCGUAGCUUCCUGAGUGCGUCGGUGGAAAUAUUUGGUAACGUAAAAUCCGGGACUACCAUCCUUGUUCUUUACCAAUUCGUCCCGGCGAGCCAAGGAUGGGUAUGUGCCCUCAGUCACCCCAGGACCAAAGUCAUAGACAAAUGGCCUGCUCUGGGUAGCACCGAACAGCCGUGACCCCUCGAGAACCAUGGCGUAUACUGGCGACGCGUCGUUUCCGGGAGCAUGCACGCUCCAGCCUUCAUUGGGGGAUCGCACGUCCCAGAAGGCGACGACGCUAUGCCUAGCCGAGCCAGCGGCAAUGUGACUGGCAGCGCCUCCGCCGCACGCGACGGUAUAGAUGGGCUCGUACGACCACGGGUCGCGGAAUGACAUGACCGGUUUCAACGGGGCGGGGGUGCUGCCGUCGGUGGCGGUGGCCUCGGACCUGCCGAGCCUGGAGGAGGAGCGCAUGUCGUGCACACGGACCUUGCUAUCGUACCAGCCCGAGAUGAUGACCUGCUCGGAGCCGCCCCACGGGGAGGCGUCGGGCGAGCCCGUGAUGCCGUAGACCGCGGAGGGGCGGAGACGCCCGCCUGCCUCGGCCGACUGCGUGUGCAGGAUGGCGAUCGGGUCUGGGGAGAGCGCGGCCUCUGCGAUCGAAUGUACGGUGAGGGGCUUGUUGGAGGAAGUGCCGAAGGCGGCGUAGGGGGUGCUCGAGCGGAGGGCGAGGUGGGCGACCCAGGACUUCUUGACGUCGAGGUCGAUCAGCGUGGGGCUGGGCGCGGUGUGGGACAUGUCCCAGAGGCCGGCGAGGCCGCUGGACGAGAGGGAGAGGAGGGUGGUCCCUGCGCAGGAGAGGUGCUCCAUGACAUCGCCUUCGUGGACGUGAAUCCGGCGGUCGAGUGUCAGCCUGUCAUGUUGUUGUUCUGAAUCCUCGAGGAAAUGUCGGAGGUUGUCACCCUUGUUACAGUCGCCGGCCCGAUUUCCGCGGGGAACCGGAGGCAAAGUGAGUUGUUCGAGCAUGCCAUUGGAGAACCCCACACAGAGGAUCUGGUCCCUUCCGUCAUCCGGGACAAAGGUGAUGCUGGUGAUAUAAAGUCUCUGAUGGUGGGGUUCCACAAGAUCGUGCUUGCCAUUGAAUUGGACUGCUGGCGCGCCAUUGCCAGUUUGGGGUCCGUUAAAGACGUAGUCGUAGAUGGCCCGGCCUCCUGCGAUAAUGAGUCUGGAGUUGCAGAUAGCCAUGCGGGGCUGCUGCUUGCCCUGCCAGGGGCGGGAGAGGGGACGGGCGACAAAUUUUGACUUUGCCCAAGAGUCGUCUGCGAGAGCAUUGUAGCGAACGCGGGUGCGGGUGUUCCACUUGGAGGACGCGUGGUGUAAGCUGUGGGACGGGCGACCGUUGUUUCGCAGAUAUUCAGCCCAGCCAAAUUCGUUCACGAGCUCAUUGUUGAACUUGCAGGUGCGAGCAAAGAUGGCUAGACUGGGGAGUGGGAGAUACUGGAGUAUGAGAAUGACGAUAUCGGUGGGUAAUGCUACGUGGGCCAUGGUGGUAUG